AUGAACAGUGACAUAGGUAUGAAAAUUUAUUAUGCAAAUGAUUGAGCAUUUAUCAGCAAUUGUUAAUUUUCAUUCGUCAGUCUCACUUCCUCUCUUAAUCGAAGUUAAAUUGUAGAAUCGAGUGUAACUCGAAUAAUUGGAAAAAACAUGCUUACUUAUUUUCUUAUAGUAUGAAAGACUAUAAAAAAAAAUGUAUCAUCGAUUAUUGUUUGUUUCACAGUCCUCGUUUUUCAUCUCUUUUACUUUUCCGAAAUUCAUAGACCAAAUCGAGCAAAUUUAAUCUAAAUAUCUGUAACAAUGUAGUAAAGAACUUUAGUACUCUAAUAUUUCUCACGCGAGUGAUUCAAUAAUUAUCCACGAUGUAGCGAUAUUUUUUGUUUCUAUUAGCUGCAUUUUUUUAAUCUUCAUUUAUCACACGACUAGCUUAGUUUAUGUAUCGUUAAAUGUUAUAUGUACAAUAACCAUCAAGUUAAUUAUUAAUAUUCCAAAUAAAGAAAGGUGUUGGUCUUUCUUUUUCAUUUCAGGUGGCACCAUAUCGAUGACCGACGCUAGCGGCAAGCCUUACGUUGGCGGAGCUGGGAACGGCUCGAUGGCGUCGGUCGCAACUUCCGGAAGUGUGACGAGCACGGCUUCGCCAUUACGAAGCUCGCUGAAAAAGCCAAAACCACUCGGUAUUCACAAUCCCGGCUUCUCGGCGCACAGCCCGACGCUGUCGAGGAACGGCUCGCAGAAGAAAGUGCGAAUUCAAACGCACUCCACCGAGGUUUAA